CUAGACAGUACUGUGCAACCGGUGACCGCGAUUCGCCAGUUUCGGUCUAACACGCGGCGCGAGCGGUCGUGCCGCCCUCUAUCAGCCAAUCCGCUGAAACUCGCCACUUAUUUCCGAUCCAAAUGUGCUUUUGAAUGAGACUGUACCAAAAUUUAUGAGACAAAAUGUGCAACGCGCUGUGUUUCGCCCUAUUCGCGCUUUCUGUCAACUUCGUGAAAUCAUGGGAUAUCGCUGUCACAUCUGGAGACCAGCUCGAGUUCUACACAGGCUCCAACAAAACCGGGUCUGAAAGCGGUCGGCUGCGGGACCUCACCGCCCUGGCCUACGACGCCGUUCACAACAUGCUGCUCUUCGUCGACAAACAGAACGAUAACGCCUCCAUCUUCAGCUACAACCUGGCCACCAAGAAAUACCAGCCCCUCGUCCGAAAGGGCCCGACCGAAAACAUCCAGGGCCUCGCUUUCGAUCCAGUACAGAGCCUUCUUUUCUGGACCGAUUUUCAAAAGAGAAGCAUUUACUGGAUCGAUCUGAAACCGGGAUCCAAAAAUAGCGACUACGGAAACCUCCUAAUCAACCUAGGUGAUCAACUCCCAAGGGCUAUAGCAGUAGACAGUUGUAGAGGCUACAUAUACUGGACCAACACUAACGUAGCAUACGGCGCGUCCAUCGAACGAGCUCGUUUUGAUGGUUCGGAGAGAAAAACUAUUAUAUCUACGAACAUUCAUUUGCCAACCAGCAUAUUUGUGGACCAACAGACGCAGAGACUUUACUGGGCUGAUGAUAAAGAAGGCAUACACUAUUCGAUCGAGAGUUCCGAUUUGGAUGGGACGCCGGAAAGCAGACGGACUUUACACAGCGGCACGGAACAUCAGCCAAAUGCGUUAACCGUCUCUAAUGACAGUCUGUAUUGGGUAGACUGGGGCUUUAGGAAAGUGUGGAAAUUGCCGAAGAAUGCUCGGCAGAACGCGGAACCGGAGGACUUGAUUGAUUUCAAGACCACUCCUUUUGGAAUUGUUGCUAAUUACUUAAUAUCGGAUCAGGCUGCUAAAGUUCCUGAGUGCAGCAAUUUACUUCGUCUGUCGCAGAAUACUUCGGCUAUCGACCACUCGUUUGCCGUGCCGCAUGACGCAGGGUUGUUCUGCUUGCACGGCCGCAAGGUCGAGGGGCAAGAUGCGUGUACGUGCUCCCCUGGUUACAUCGGUGACCGAUGCGAGACCUCUGUUUGUCAGAACUUCUGCUUCCAGGGGGAAUGCACAUUUGACGCUAAUAUUGGGGAACCCACUUGCAGGUGUCCAAAAGGCUUCACAGGAGCGCGUUGCGAGGUGGACAUGUGCGAAGGUUUCUGCCUGAACAACGGCCUCUGUUCUGUGGAGACCAACUCGCCAGUGUGCACGUGUAUCGGAGAUCACACUGGCCACCGUUGCGAAAAAACCGUUGAGACUCCACAUGUUACUGUUAAUGAGCCUUGCAAUUGCACCAAAGACAAAACAACAAAGCUGUCCGCGUUGUCAGAAGUCAGCGACGAAUUCGUGACCGUCCCCUGCAACGAAGGCUGGGACUCGGUCCGAGACCCCAUCCUCAUGGUGCUUGGGAUCCUAUGCGGGCUCCUGUGCCUGGUCUGCGCUGUGCUGGUGACCAAAAUCCUGCAUUUGAAGAAGCGGCCGAGAAUAAAGAAGCGAAUCAUAGUGAACAAGAACGUGACGCCGCUGACGGCGCGGCCCGACCAGUGCGAGAUCACCAUUGAAAACUGCUGCAACAUGAAUAUUUGCGAAACUCCGUGUUUCGAGCCCAGAAGCACAAUACGGCCAACAUUACUCGACACAAAACCCGGCAAAGAGGAGAAGAGGAACCUAAUCGCUAAUAUGGAGCAUCCGGACGACUUCUAAAUUUAAUGUCCUUACCAACACCCUAGGAGGCGUCAGGUUUCUAAACUUUACAGAAGAG